GGGUUGUUAUAGCAGUUUCCCCAUAGCUUGCCACAGGUAGUCUUUCGGCAUGGUUUCCUCGAGGCUCUUGUGCUUGGCAGCCUGGCUUUCUCUUUCUUCUACCUUCGUGAUCAGGAAGACGGAGGAGGACAGUGAUGAAGUUGCAUACGCCUUAGAUGAAGGACAGCCAAGGCGUGGGAUCCCUGAAAUCAAUGCAGCCACAGGAAGGAAAUUCUUUGAAGGUGACAUUAUCUUGCCGUCAGAGAAAAAUGCACUGAGGAACGACUCCUACAGGUGGAAACUUCCGAUUCCUUACAUAAUGGGUAAAACCUUGGAUCUGAAUACUAGAGGGGUUAUCCUGCAGGCAUUUGAAAUGUUUCGACUGAAGUCCUGCAUCGACUUCAAGCGUUAUGAAGGAGAAAAGUCGUAUCUCCAGUUUGAAAAGCUGGAUGGAUGUUGGUCUUACGUGGGAGAUUUUAAGACGGGCCAGAAUGUUUCUAUCGGACAGUAUUGUGAAUAUAAACAUACCGUGGAGCAUGAAAUCCUGCAUGCGCUGGGAUUUUAUCACGAGCAGUCACGGAGUGACCGAGAUGAUUAUGUCAAUAUUUGGUGGGAUGAAGUUAUAGAAGGUCAGACACAUAACUUCAACAAAUAUGAUGACAAGUUCGUUUCUGACCUCAACACCCCUUACGAUUAUGAAUCUGUGAUGCAUUAUGGACCUUACUCAUUCAAUAAAAACAGUAGCAUCCCCACAAUCACAGCUAAAAUUCCAGAAUUCAACGAUGUUAUUGGAUCAAGCCAGGAUCUGAGCAGGAUUGACCUCCAAAGGCUGAAUCAAAUGUACAGCUGUGCUUCGAGCCUUACUCUCCUUGACCAGUGUUCCUUUGAGGCCAUCAAUAUCUGUGGACUGGUGCAGAGUGUAAAAGAUGACGCUGAUUGGCAGCACACCCUGUCUACACCUGAGGAUAAAGACCACACCUUGGUGGGCCGCUGCACAGGCAGGGGAUACUUCAUGCACUUGAAUACCACAGCAGGACGUCCCGGAGAAUCAGCUGUUUUAGAGUCCCGCAUCCUCUACCCGAAAAGAACAGCCAAGUGUCUACAGUUUUUUUACAAGUUUGACGGAAGUCAGCAAGAUAAACUCAUUGUCUGGAUGAAAAGAGAUGAUGGGACUGGGAAUAUUAGGAAAACAGUAAAGCUGCAAACGUUUUAUGCUGAUGAAGAACAGCACUGGAAGUUAGCAACCGUACCCUUCAGCAGCCAGACCAAAUUCCGCUACGUAUUUCACGGCAUCAAAGAAGACCCCUCCAACUCUACUGGCGGGAUUAGCAUUGAUGAUGUCAGUCUGACCGAGACGCAAUGCCCCACGGGGGUUUGGCAGAUAACCAACUUCGCUUCCCUUUUAAACAGCACUUCCCAAGGCGAAUAUAUUUCAAGCCCAAUCUUCUACAACUCAGAGGGCUAUUGCUUUGUUCUGAGACUCUAUCCCUAUGGUUAUGUCAGCUCUUCGGGGAACUACCUGGGUGUACGUUUUGCUCUGUGUAGCAGCCAGAAUGAUGGCAUUCUAGAGUGGCCAGCAGGGAACCGGCAAGUGACGUUCACCAUUGUGGAUCAAGAUCCUGAUAUCACCCAAAGGAUGUCAGCAAGCAGGGUUUUUACUACAGAUCCUAGCCAACAAAACACAAGUGGCCAACUUCUUUGGGAUAAGCCGUCUGUUACAGGAUCUUUUGAUUCUUUCUAUAAUCGCCAUGUAGGCCCAUUUUAUGGCUGGAGCAACAUCCUGCAUCACGGAGAACUGCAACGAAGGAGUUUCCUUAAAAAUGAUGCUCUGAUCGUCUUUGCAUCCUUCGAAGUUGUUGAAGAUCCGGGGAGCAUUUUAUAGUUCGACGUCAUAUCUUUAUGGAGUUCUUCAAAAGGAAGUUCACCUCUCUAUGGUUCUUCGAAAGUUUAGAAGUCAUUUUUCUAGGAUAACUUUGUUCCUGGAUUCAAGUUUGUUCAUCUUGUGUCUUUUCUUGAGAAGAAGGAAAAAUCAUAAUGUUGGUAUUCUGAUCUUCAAGGCAGCAUUUCAACGUACAGUCCUACCCACUUUACCUUAGGCAAGGCUUGUCUGUAGCAAAAAUUCAGAUUUUCAAUGAAGGCCACACAAAUUCUGCACCAAGAAAAUCGUUUAUGCAAGCUGAAUAAAUUGUAAUACCCAAUUUACAUAUA